CGGGGCCGAUAGCGAGUGGCGAACAUGGCGGAGCGCGGGAGGAAGCGGCCCUGCGGCCCGGGCGAACACCGUCAAAGGGUCGAGUGGCGAAAAUGGAAGCAACAGAAGAAAGAGGAGAAGAAGAAGUGGAAGGAUCUUAAGAUGACGAAAAAACUGGAGCGGCAGCGGGUGCAGGAGGAGGAAGCAAAGCGCCAGCAGGAGGAGGAGGAGGCCGCGGCGCAGAGGGAGGACCAGGGACGGCCCUACACUCUGAGCGUGGCCUUGCCUGGCUCCAUUCUUGACAACGCGCAGUCGCCCGAGCUCCGCACCUACCUGGCCGGCCAGAUUGCCAGAGCCUGUGCCAUCUUCUGUGUGGACGAGAUCGUGGUGUUUGAUGAAGAGGGCCAAGACACCAAGACUGUGGAAGGGGAAUUCAGGGGAGUCGGCAAGAAGGGGCAGGCGUGCGUGCAGCUGGCCCGGAUUCUGCAGUACCUCGAGUGUCCACAGUACCUAAGAAAGGCAUUCUUUCCCAAGCACCAGGACCUACAGUUUGCAGGGCUGCUGAACCCCUUGGACAGCCCACACCACGUGCGCCAGGACGAGGAGUCCGAGUUCCGAGAGGGCAUGGUGGUGGACCGGCCCACCCGGCCGGGCCGCGGCUCCUUCGUGAACUGUGGCAUGAAGAAGGAGGUGCAGAUUGACAAGAACUUGGAACCUGGUCUUCGGGUGACUGUGCGACUGACCCAGAAGCAGCUCCCAGAAAGCAAGACCUACCGUGGAAAAGUCGUGUCGUCUCAGGACCCCCGCACCAAAGCUGGUCUCUACUGGGGCUACACAGUUCGCCUGGCCUCCUGCCUUAGCGCGGUGUUCGCUGAGGCCCCCUUCCAGGACGGGUAUGACCUGACGAUCGGGACAUCAGAGCGAGGCUCGGACGUGGCCUCCGCCCAGCUUCCCAGCUUCAGGCACGCUCUCGUGGUGUUCGGGGGCCUCCAGGGGCUGGAAGCUGGAGUGGAUGCUGACCCCAACCUGGAGGUGGCUGAGCCCAGUGUCCUCUUCGAUCUGUAUUUGAACACCUGCCCCGGCCAGGGCAGCCGCACCAUCCGCACAGAGGAAGCCAUCCUCAUCUCCCUGGCUGCCCUGCAGCCGGGCCUCACCCAGGCAGGCGCCCAGCACAGCUGAAGGUUCUGCCAGGCACGAGAUGGAGAGAAGCCGUGGGGAAGCCAAGGGUUCCUGAGGGUCACCCGG